GCAACUGCGAGGUUAGCAACUCGGCCAUUCAACAGUAGCAAGUCACCCAGCGACCAUGGGACAGUAUCGAGGUCUUCUGAGCGUGGCAUGCGUCGUGAGCCUCCUGUGCAUAGCAGCGGCCUACCCCAAGCCUGGAGGGGGUUAUGGUCACAGUCACAGCUAUAGUCAGAGCUAUAGUCAAAGUUAUAGCCACAGCUAUAGUCGGAGCUAUGGACACCGCCAACCGACCGUCACCAAAAUCGUCCAACCAGUCGUCACAGUGAGGGAGGUUGUGAGGCCGGUCGUUACGAAGGUCGUGCGGCCAGUCGUCACAAAGGUCGUAAAGAAGAUCGUCUCUCCAGUCGUUGUUGGGAGGUGGAUAUGGAGGUGGAUAUGGUCACGGAUGGUAGUGGAUUUUGCUGUUGGU